UAUAGUGAAUGCAGGGUCCGGGGAGACCAGAUAUAGUGAAUGCAGGGUCUGGGGAGACCAGAUAUAGUGAAUGCAGGGUCCUGGGAGAGCGGAUAUAGUGAAUACAGGGUCCGGGGAGACCAGAUAUAGUGAAUGCUGGGGUCCGGGGAGACCAGAUAUAGUGAAUGCAGGGUCCGGGGAGACCAGAUAUAGUGAAUGCUGGGUCCGGGGAGACCAGAUAUAGUGAAUGCAGGGUCUAUGGAGACCAGAUAUAGUGAAUGCAGGGUCUGGGGAGACCAGAUAUAGUGAAUGCAGGGUCCGG